AUGGCUCUUCCUCUAGGGUUUGCGUCAGCUGUUGUGAUCUCCUCAAGAGAAGCAGCUGAAGAAGUUCUCAAAACCAAUGAUCUUGAGACAUGUAGUCGACCAAAGGUGAUGGCGGCACGUAAACUCUCGUAUAACUUGAAAGACAUCACUUUUGCACAUUACAGUGACUCUUGGAGAGAGAAUCGUAAAGUUUCGAUGGUGGAGCUUUUGAACUUCAAAAAGCUUCAAUCUUUUAAGUUCAUAAGAGAGGAAGAGAUGGAUUUCGUGGUGAAGAAGAUAUCCAAUUCGGCUUUGGAACAAUCUCUCGUGGCCGUGGAUCUAAGCCAGAUUUUUAUGUGUCUCGUCGCCAACAUCUUAUGUAGAUCAGCGUUAGGACAGAACUUGCACACGAACAAGUUUUUUGACGAGAAGAAAAUCGCAAAGCUUGUUGUACAAGGCUCCCUAGCCACAUGUCAUUUUGGUUUCUCUGAUUUCUUUCCUGGCAAAUUAGAAAACUUUGCAGAUUGGUUGUUCCAAAGGAAAAAAGGACAACUAAAGAGAACGUUUAAGGAGCUUGAUGACUUUUACCAACAUGUGAUUGAUGAUCACUUGAAGUCAUUAGAUGGACCGAAAAGUACAGAUCCUUCUGCCGAUAUCGUUACCGGGAUGCUGGAUUUGGUUGAUAAAAAUGGAACUACUGAUAUGGAUCAAGUCAAAGGAGUACUCAUGAAUAUUUUUCUAGGAGGGAUAGAUACAAUUGCCAUAAUUCUGAUAUGGGCAAUGACAGAACUCAUUAGAAACCCAAGAGUGAUGAAGAAAGCACAAGAAGAGAUUCGAGCUGUCCUCGGAGGGAAAAGAGAAAAGAUCACUGAAGAAGACCUAGAGAAAGUUGAAUACUUGAAGCUCAUAGUCAAGGAAACAUUAAGAUUGCAUCCAUCAGUUCCAUCUAUACCUAGAGAAUCAAUGUCUCAAUUAACGAUCCAAGGCUAUGAUAUCCCUGCAAAGACGUGGAUGUACAUCAACGUAUGGGCGAUUGGACGAGACCCCAAGAUUUGGGAAAACCCUGAAGAUUUCAUUCCUGAGCGGUUCAUUAAUAGUGCUUUUAAUUUCAAGGGACAAAACUUUGAGUUCUUACCCUUUGGUUCUGGUCGGAGAGCCUGUCCCGCGGUUUCAAUGGCCAGCACUACAUUAGAAUUGUGUCUCUUGAAUAUGCUUUACUUCUUUGAUUGGAAUUUACCUAAUGGGAUGGUCGGCGAAGACAUUGAUAUGGGAGAUGUUGGUAAUAUCUCCUUUUACAAGAAAGAACCUCUCCUCCUUGUUCCCGUUAAACACCACUAA